GAGUUGAUAUAAAGAGGCUACUGGUUCAGAGAGAUACAGUAUUGAAACUUGGGGGAGAAGUGGAGAGAGAUCCUACUGCCAUUAACUCCAUAUCAGAUCAGCUUUAACACAACAGGAUGGAUUAUUCCAAGUUCACCAUGAUGGUGGUCUUCCUGUCCUACAUUGAACAUUGCUGGUCUUCGUGUGUGGUGGACAGCUUAACUGUUAAGCAGGACUUUGACCCCAAAAAAUAUGCAGGAAAGUGGUAUGCCCAGCAAAAGAAAGAUCCAGAAGGACUCUUCCUGCAGGACAACAUUUCUGCAGAGUAUACUGUUGAAGAAGAUGGCACUAUGACCGCAUCUUCCAAGGGUCGCGUCACUUUGUUUGGAUUCUGGGUUGUAUGUGCUGACAUGGCUGCCCAGUACACGGUGCCUGAUCCAUCCACACCUGGCAAGAUGUUCAUGAACUACCAGGGUCUGGCCAGCUACCUGUCUAGUGGAGGGGACAACUACUGGAUCAUCGACACGGAUUAUGACAACUACGCUAUCACCUAUGCAUGCCGCACACUGAGAGAUGAUGGCACCUGUGAUGACGGCUAUGCCCUGGUGUUUUCCCGUAACCCCCGUGGCCUGCCCCCGGCCAUUCAGCGCAUUGUGCGCCAAAAACAGGAGGAAAUCUGCAUGGCGGGGCAGUUCAAACCCGUGCUGCAAUCAGGAGCCUGCUGAGCUCUGUGACACCUUCCUUUAGCAUGAUGCCAUGAGAAAACACAUCCAGCACUUGGACAGAGGACAAAAGCGCAUCAGGGAGAAAUGCCUGUUUGCUGUCUCAGGGGAAAGUUUGUUGUUGGGAAAAUAAAUGUUUUUUGUUUUCUGUGUUUAAAGUUAUAGGGAAUUGAGACAGGCCUUUGCAAAUGCUAAUAAAAAUACUUUCUGCCAGAAAGUAACGCUUUUCACAGGAAUACUAUAGUACUACUGAUCAAAGUUUAAAAUGUAUGGUAUUUAUUUUUUAUUCCUUAAUAUACACUGUAGUUAGGAUUAUUUGCAAGUAGUGAGGCUUUAUUACUGAAUUGGAUUUAAUUUAAUGAAACUUUGGCAGUACUUUUGUAUUUGUCAGAAAUUAAACAUGCAAGUUAAAUUAAAUCAAAAUGUUAAGUAGAAGUGAAGUUAUGAGCAGUUGUGUGUCAGAACAAACAGCAUAUUGCAUGUGUCAAUCUGUGGGCGUGUCUUAAAAUCGACGGCUGGUCAGAAUUUAUUGAAACUUUAGCAGUAUUUAGAUAUCUGCCUGAAGGUUAACCUGCACCAUAAGCGAAAUCAAAAUGUUGAAUAAAAGCGAUGUUAUAAACA